ACAUAAAGAAGAGACAUAUGCAGAGUACGUCGCGGCAACGGCUGCACUGAGACAACCGACGCUUAAAGAGACUUUUAAAAAAAAAGGAAAACCUGUCGGCGAGCAGUGAAAGGGCCAAAACAAUAACAGCCGCGGUAGCUGAAUUCAUCGCGUUGGAUGACCAGCCGCUUUCCGUGGUAAAGAAUGCGGGGUUUCGCCGGCUCAUGGAGAUCUUGGAGCCACGUUAUGCGUUGCCUUCUCGUCAGCAUUUUACAAAUAAAGCGCUGCCUGCCGCACAGAAAAGGCUACGCGAUCACAUACAAGAGAAGUUAAAAGACGUACCUGCCGUUGGAUUUACGACAGACAUAUGGAGUUCUUCUGUAUGUCCAUUGUCACUAAUUAGCUUCACUGCACAAUGGAUCGACCCCAGCUUCAAUUUACAACGAGUGACCUUGCACACUCAGGAUUUCAGAGGGUCUCACACAGCAGAGCGUGUUAGAGAGGCGAUCGAGGGAAUGCUUAACAGUUGGGGGAUAGAUAAGUCAAGGGUGCAUGUGAUUGUACGGGAUAACGCGCGGAAUUUGAAGAAAGCUAUGGAUGAUAUGGAGAUGAAGAGUGUGGGCUGUCUCGCACACACACUCCAGCUUGCAGUGCACGAUGGUCUACUGUCUCAGCGCAGCGUCGUGGACACUCUGGCAACUGCGAGAAAGAUUAUUGGCCACUUCAAACAUUCCCCGUUGGCCUACUCCCGUCUGGAAGAUAUCCAGCGUGAACUAAAGAUGGACGUCAAGCGUCUACAGCAGGAUGUGCAAGUGAGAUGGAACAGCAGCCUAUAUAUGUUGCAGAGUAUCCUGGAGCAAAAGCGGGCAUUGUUGGUGUAUUCAGGUUCCUAUAACCUCCCAGCCACACUGACAACCACGCAGUGGACCCUGAUGGAGAAGACAGCUGAGGUCUUGGUUCCAUCUGAAGAACUCACAAAGGAUGUGAGCAUGGCCACUGCAUCUGCAGCUGAUGUCAUCCCGGCAAUAACAGCCCUCAGAUGUCUGCUGUCUAAAGACAAGACCACUGACCAGGGGGUCAAAACAAUGAAGAGCACACUCCUAGAUGCAGUGGAAACUCGCUUUGCUGGUAUAGAGGAGGAGCCACUGUACAGCAUUGCCACUCUGGUUGAUCCAAGAUAUAAAGACAGAUAUUUCACCCACUCUGACAAUCUGUGCAUUGCCAAGGAUAAGCUCAUCCAGGAGGUAACAAAGAUUGAGGAGAGAGCAGCCACUGUUAGUGAAGAAUCGGCGGCAGCAGUAGCAGGACCUUCAAGCAAGAAGAAGUGCCAAGAAGGAAGUAGCAGCCUGGGCAGCAUCUUGGACGAGAUCCUAGAGGAGAAUCCACUAGAGGGCCGGUGUGUGAGUACAUCAGCUGAAGUCCAGGUGCAGACCUAUCUCAUGGAGCAACCCUGCAAUAGGAAAAGCAAUCCUCUGCAAUAUUGGAAACAGAAUGCGUCAAGGUUCCCCCCACUGGCGGAUGUUGCAGCCAAGUUUCUCUGUGCCCCCUCUACCUCCGUGGACAGUGAGAGACUCUUUAGUGCUGUUUCCAAUAUCCUUGAUGAAAAAAGGAACAGGCUCUCUGCUGACAGAGUAGAGAUGCUGAUUUUCCUAAAGAAAAAUCUCCAUUUAAUUUUGCCUGAAUAUGACGUUGAGAGUGAGAGUGGAGACGAAGAGUAGCUAAUUGUCCCUUGAUUUAAAAAAGUUUCUUGAGGUUUUAUAUCCCAUGUUUACAUAUCGUGUUUGAGCUGUGAAAUUUAUAUCUGUUCAUGUUGUAUUCAACUGCUGCACUAAGGCUAAGCCAAAAUUUAUUUUAUUCUCAUUGUUUGUGAAUGUGAGAUUUUGACUGAAUGUCACUUUUAAGCCUAGUAAGUAGGUAAACUACCUCUUUUGAAGAUUUUUGUUAUUGCACUAUUCUGCACUCAAUGUUUUAGUUUACAUGUUUAUUGUAGGCAUAUUUUAUGGCACAGUGCUGAUAAGCUUUGUUUUGAUCCAAAGCAGUGGAACAAUGUCAUGUUGGACAAUAAAAAAAAUAAAAAAUAAAUAAAAUAAAAUUCUUAAUGCAUUGCCAAAAUGUAUAUGAUCGGGAAAAAUUAUAGGGAAUGAUUCGGGAGCAAAAAAAAAAAAAAAGCAAUCGGAUCGGGAAAUAUCGGGAUCGGCAGAUACUCAAACUAAAAUGAUCGGGAGCAAAACAACAUGAUCGGGGCAUCUCUAAUUGGCACCCUUUGAAAAAUCAUGUGAUGCUUCUCUAAUUUGUGUAAUUAACAGCACCUGUUACUUACCUGUGGCACAUAACAGGUGGUGGCAAUAACUACAUCACACUUAGCCAGUUAAGCCAGUUAAAAUGGAUUAAAGUUUCAGUUUAUUCACACAUCGUAUUUGACUUAACCUCUGUCCUGUGUCCUUGUGUGAACAUUCAGCAUGGAGAAAAGAUGGAGAAAAGAAAGAAGACCAAAGAACUGUCUGAGGGCUUAAGAAGCAAAAUUGUGAGGAAGCAUGGGCGAUAUCAAGGCUACAAGUCCAUUUCCAAAGACCAAAAUGUUCCUACAGUGGGGAGAACAAGUAUUUGAUACACUGCCGAUUUUGCUGGUUUUCCCACUUGCAAGCCAU